ACAUCCGGUAUUGUCGGGAGAACUCGCGGAACGAAACGAGCUACUUCUCAAAAUGUACUCUUAAAUGUGUAAAUUUCAAGAAAAAUAAGUGUUCGUCUUGUGUUAUUAAGGCACAUUCAAUGGACGUUCUGGACUUGUGUGACUCGAAAUGCUAAGACUCUUGUUUUGAAAAGCGGAAGCGGAGGAGAGAGACUUUGAGGAAAUCGACGCUUGCGUAGCGAUAACGCAUGCUAACCAGUAAUAUUCAACAAUAUAUUUUAAUGUUAUUCUAUCAGGACAAAGGAAAAUAUUUUACAAAUCAUUGGACAUUCUUCAAAAUCAAGUGGGGAAAAUGAACAAUUCUGGGUUGCCUCUCUCGCUGCUCCACCUCCUGGUCCCUCCGCUGCAGCUCCGCUCUGCCGCAAUGUGGCAACUUGUAAAACAGAAAGAUGUGAUGAAUUACCAUAAACUCCAAGAGUUUGUGUCCGUGCUGACUGAGGCAAUGCCUGGACUGAUGAACCACAAACAGGCGGCUCAGCUCAUUCUGGGUCUCAGAGCCCGUUUGAUCCUGGAGCUGUGCAAAGGUUCUGUCCGAGGUUCUGUUGACUUUCAAACAGUCCAGAUGCAUUUAGAAAAACUCCCGCUACAAUCAAAUCACAGCGAUGCAGAGGUGAAAGCAGCAGAGUCCACAUUCGUCGCCCUGGUUCAGAGCCUCCUUAAAGAUCCAGCUGAGCGAGCGUACUUCUUCCAGGAGGUCUUCCCUAUGGAGUAUGGACCAAAGUAUGACGCUGCUCUUCAUGUGUUGCUAUGGGAGCUGCUCUCCAAGCUGGAGAAGCUGCUUCCAAUACCAGACCUCAAACAGACUACAGACUGGUUGGGCUCAACUCCUGUCUUAUUGGAUGAAUGUGUCCAGUCCACGACAGAAGAACUGAGCUUGAUCUUUGAGCACUGUAGGACUUCUGCACUACUUAAAAUGCCAGACAGCACCUCCACCACUCUUGGCAGCUGCAUCAUAUCCGCUCUAUCAAUACCGCCCUCCGACAAAGCGAACAUGUCAGUCGGGCCUGAGUUAGUCCACAACUACGCAAACAUCGUUGGGGCCGACCAGUACAGUGUGGUGACGGUCUUCACAGAGGUGGACGUCGGGGUGUUGGACAUACCGACCGAAGUUCAGACGGGUUUCUACGAGGAAGAAGUGGCACCCGUCAAUGCUGAGGAGUCCGCAGCAGAGACCGUGGACGUCGCCACAGCCUUGGAGACUCUGGAAAUGGAGAGUCUGGAAAACGAUGAAGGUGCCUUUGAAGAUCAAGAAAGGAAUGUUCUGGAUGAGGCGAAAGAUGAUGUCCAAGCUGGCGAUGUGAGAUCUUGCACUGAAGUGAAGGAGGCUGCUGUUGAAGAUGAAAUGACACACUCCUCCGCUGAACUUCCUCCUGACUCAUCUGACUGGAAGAGCAUCCAAGCUGGCCAAGGAGCCACCUCGUGCGUAAUCGCCAUCAAAGGAAGCGACAAAGGACACUCCGAUGAGAUGACCUCCAUUAUCUUCACAUGCUCGCAGUGUCCCUUCCACCAAUCAGAAGACAACAGUCCUCCCCACUUCCAUAUGCAGAGCGUUGACACUGAGGAAUACCGCAAGCUCUCAGGAACCAACUUGACUCCAACUCCCUCAGACACAGAUGAGAUUUUUACGUCCAUUAAACUUUUUCCACAAGGAGGCGCAGAGCAGCUUGAAAGUGCCGGUAAAGACGAGUCCGUGACUUCCGCUCAGGCUCCAAGCAGACUGACGUGCGAGACGUGCGGCAGAACCUUCACGCGCACAUCCGACGUCAGGCGACACCAGCUCACCCACACGGGCGAGCGGCCCUUCCGCUGCUCGCAGUGCGACCGCACCUUCCAGCACUCGUGGGAUCUGGCCAAGCACCAGAGCAAGUCGCACGCCGCCGCGGUCUCCUUCACCUGCCCGCCGUGCCGCACCACCUUCGCCAACCUGCGCGCGCUGACCGCCCACCACAAGAGGUGCCAUUCAGGCGAGAGCCGCCUUCCGCACAUCUGCUCCAUCUGCAGCCGCAGCUUCGCCUCCACCGCCGAGCUUCUGGAGCACAGGACGUCACACGUGGCCCCCAAGCGCUACGUCUGCCCGCAGUGUGGCGAGUGGUUCGACUCGCUUCUGGCGCGCUCUCUACACCGGCAGACGCAUCUGGUCAAGCACCAUUUCAAGUGCCCGCACUGCGAGAAGACAUACACGCGGCGGUCGGACGUAAAGAGGCACCUGUCCACACACACGGGGGAGCGUCCUCACAAGUGCGGCCAGUGCGGCAAACAGUUCUCGCUGCACUUCAUGCUGGUGAAGCACCUCCGUAUCCACACGGGCGAGCGGCCGUUCCCGUGCUCGCACUGCUCCAAGAGGUUCACCCUGGCAUCCGUGCUGACCCGACAUGAGAGGAUGCACACGGGGGAGAAGCCCUUCCUGUGUUCCCAGUGCGGGAAGGCCUUCUUGUCCCAAGGGGAGCUCUCCAAACAUCACAGGUCGCACGUGGAGGACAAGCCCUACGCCUGCUUGCAAUGCGGCAAACGCUUCAAGAGCAAGAAGACCCAGCAGGAGCACAUGGUCUCGCACACCGGCAUCCGCCCAUACCCCUGCACCUACUGCGGCAAGGGCUUCGCCAAACCCUACGCACUGACCCGACACCACCUCAUGCACACGGGAGAGAGACCCUUUCCUUGCAGCUACUGCGACAAGACCUUCCUCACCCUCAGCGAGGCUCAGCUGCAUCAACGCGUCCACACGGGCGAGAAGCCGUACGCCUGCGGCACCUGCCCGCUCAAGUUCAAGAGCUCGUCGGAGCUGGCGUGGCACAAGCGCAGCCACGCGGGUAUGAAGCGGCUGAGGCCAAAGUGCGGGACGUGUAAGAAGAGCUUCUCGUCCAAAGCCAAACUCAAUAAACACAUGGAGACGCACGGCGAAGAACUAACAGCUGAAUGAGAACAUACUCAAUCAAUGCUCAGGCUUUGUUCACACUGCAGGUCAAUUACAAUUUUUUUUUCAUGUCAAUGUGAAAAGUAGGGCUGCACGAUUAAUUGAAAUCGAUUCGACAUUGAGGUUUUAAUAAGUGCGGUAAAUAAUCGCAAGAGACUGAGGUUUUUUUUUUUCAUCCGCCGUCGCCAGCUUUUGGGUGACAGACAUGUUCGCCAAUCAGAAUUGCUGAGCCUCGGGUUUGUUUGUCUCUCGCUUCAAAAAGGAAGAAAGUCGUCUUGCUUUGUGCAUCGCUCUUAGCUCCUGAGCACAUUUGUUUAACAGUGGAAUCAACUGUACAGAGUGACCCCUCUUUUCACUCAUUCACAAUCUUUGUCUCGGCGGAGCCAGAGACUAGAGCGGGUCGCUGCCGCCAACACACACACACACAGUACAGAGAGCCUUGCCAGGCGCCAGUGAGAAGUUCCGUGAAGUAACACAAAUUAGGAGGAAAAAAAUAAGAUUAUAAAGCCAAAUGUUUCGUUGUGAGAAUAUUUCAGCUUCAAAUCAGAUGGGUGAUAUGAGCCCAUCAACAUGGACGAACGAGCAAAAAUGCCAUGAUCACGUGAUAGCAAUAAACAAAAAGGCAACGUCCGACCUCAUUUUUCCUACUAGGUUAAAUUUUUGCUUACGGGAAAUCAGUCCACUUUUCUUUGUUUGUUUUUUUAAAUUUAGGAUAAGAAAUGUAUUUACCUUCCCAUUACAAUACAAUGGUAAAGAAUUCUACAGUUAUGAGAAAUAAAAGUUGAUAUCUUUUUAAAUGAAUAUCUGCAUUAAUAAUAUAAUAUUAUGAUUACAUUACAUUAUAAAAACUGUAUAGUUUUUGUGGAUUAUUUCUUCAGUUAAAGGGCAUGAUGUAGACAAAAGCUCUGAGUGCAUCAACCUAAAUAUUUUUUGAAGUACAUUAUUGCAUAUUGUUCUAAUGUGCGGCACCUUGAGACAAGAAUAUGUUGCUUGACAGUCUAAAAGUCACACGUUUUCCAUCACUCGUUAUUUCCGUAGUUUUAUGAAUUUUUAUGAAUGAAAUUUACAAUUUUCAAAUAGAAUCGCAAUUGCAAUUUUGGAGAGAAAAAUCGCAAUUUCUUUUUUUCUCAAAAUCGUGCAGCCCGAGUAAAAAGUUAAAUUCAACUUUUUUCAAGUCUGACUCAGGUCUCUUUUGUAUGUGGAUCAAACAGAGCAGAUACUUAUCUGAUACAACUGCAAUCUGAACGAUCGAGUCGCUAUCAUCCGACUCAUACGUCAUCAAAAAGCGACACACGUCAUAAUUCUCCACCAAAAUAGAACUAGUGGACGAAUGAGCAGAAAACAAGCAAAAAAUAAAAUGUUUUAGAACUCACAUCGAUGUCCCAACACUUUUGCCUUUGACUGCUCACCCACACUGCCCAGGACAGACGUCGAAGCAAGUGACCCCAUAUACUGCAAAAGCCCAAAUUCUUGCCUUCUUCCUUCUUAAUCUUUGCGAAAAAAUUUAGUUAUGAAAAUGUUGACUCCAAUUGCACA